AUGGCGUCCUUCCUUGCGGCAAAUUUAAACCCUUGUAACUAUGUUGGAGGAGUGAGCUUUAAUCCCGAUCGGGAUAUUCCAGACCUGUCAGGCAAGGUUGUGCUGGUGACUGGAGGAAAUGCUGGACUUGGAAAGGAAUCAAUUCUCCAGCUGGCCAAACAUAACCCGCAAAAGAUAUUUCUUGCUGCACGCACGGAGACAAAGGCAGAGAAGGCUAUCGGCUCCCUAAAAGCUGCGUUAUCGAACAAGGUCGAUAUCACCUGGCUUCCUCUGGACUUGAUGUCCAUUAAAUCAAUCCAACGGGCUUCGGAACUCUUUUGCGAACAGUCAGCACGACUCGAUAUCUUGAUCCUCAAUGCGGGUGUUAUGGCUCUACCAUUAGGAGUAACAGAGAUGGGGCACGAGAUCCAGCUGGGUACGAACCACACCGGGCAUUUUCUUCUCACACAGCUUUUGCUUCCUACACUGUUGAAGACGGCAGAGGAUCCGAACUCAGAUGUGCGCGUUGUCUCUCUCUCAUCGAUAGGGCAUAACUUAGCUCCAUCCUUCGAGACGAUCCUAGACCAAGAACGGUUGAAGAAAGUCAACACGAAUACUCGGUAUGGAGCUUCUAAGGCCGCGAAUAUAUUAUUCGCUGCCGAGCUUGCGCGGCGGUAUCCUUCAAUCACGUCUGUUGCUGUUCAUCCAGGAGUAAUUCUUACUGAUCUAUAUGCCUCCGUAAGCGGGCGCUCUAUGCUCGCGGCAUUGGGCACGAAGACCUUAAAUGUUUUUGGAACAUCGGUUCCCGCUGGCGCCUAUAACCAGCUUUGGGCUGCUGCUGGAGCUCGAAAAGAAGAUCUUGUGAAUGGAAGCUACUAUAUUCCGGUGGGACAUGUCAAGCCACAAAACCGUUAUGCCAAAAGUAAAGAAAUGGGGAGGCGCUUGUGGGACUGGAGCGAGUCGGAGCUACGGAAAUUUGGAGCUUUACCUUGA